UUCAGCACCAGCUGUAUCUGAGUUGGAAGUCACUGGGAUUAUAGGAGAGUCUGUUCUCCUGUCCUGUGACCUGAAUUCAUCCACGGCCAUCGACCCAGCAAGACUCCGGUUCCAUUGGCAAGAUGAGUCCGAAAAAGUGAUGUACUCGUUCAACAAAGGAGAAGAGAAUCGACAUCAGGAUAACCUUUACACAAACAGAACUAAAGCCUUUGGGUCUGAGAUGAGUUGUGGGAAUAUCUCUAUCAAACUCAGCCAAGUAACACUUGAAGACAAGCAGAAUGUCUACUGGGCUUUCGCUACACUGUUUGACGAGAAUGAUAAGCAUAUCCUCGAGUUGAUAAAAGUGUGUCACACUACCCUACAUGUGGCAGCACGGUUCCCGACACCCAGUGUGACUGUGAACAAGACAAAUAUGAAUGCCACGUGUUCAACCCAGGGGGGAUACCCACAGCCAGUCGUCACAUGGACCAUCCAGGACGUCAGAUUGGUUCAGAACCGCACUCUGGACCCGUGGGAAGUACAGACCAAAAGACAACCUGAUCCUGAAAGUGGACUGUACACCGUUUGGAGCCAAGUGAAUAUAACAGAAAAUCAGACGGUGACCUGCCAUAUCUUCAACCCCGUUCUGAGAGAGACUGUGAGCAACACAACCAUCGUCAGCUCCAAUCAGAGCAUUAACACAGACCCUGCAGGUGCAUGUGACAGGACGUAA